AUGAGUUUCUUACAUGAAAUGUCCACGAAGGGAGUUUUUCCCGAUUUUGUCACUUACAACACUCUUAUCGGAGGAUUUUGCCGAGUUGGGAGACCUAAGACUGCAUUAGAGCUACUCCAUAAGAUGCAAGUUUGUGGCCAACAUCCAGAUCUCCAAACUUGUGCUAUUUUGUUAGAUGGCUUGUGUAAGAAUCUACACUUUUCUGAGGCAAUGCCAUUGUUUCAAGAGAUGGAAGAAAAAAAGGUACACCUAAAUAUUGCGAUUUACAGCAUCUUGAUUGAUGGUAUAUGUAAUACUGGGAGACUUACGACGGCAAAAGAACUCUUUAAUAGUCUUCCUACCAAAGGUUUGCAACCUGAUGUUCGGACUUACAAUAUAAUGGUCAAAGGGCUUUGCAAAGAGGGACUAUUAAAUGAAGUAAGGGAGGUUCUUGAGAAAAUGGAAGAGAACGGUUGUUCACCUGACCAUUUCACAUAUAACACAAUCAUCCAAGGCUUCUUGCAACAUAAUGAGACAUCAUUGGUAGUGAAAUAUCUCAAAAUAAUGGUUGACAAGGGUUUAUCGGCAAAUGCAAACACAACAACCAUUUUGAUCGACUUGUUGUCUACUAAUCAAGCAGAUAAAAUUUUACAAGACUUUUUUCAGAAGUCUGUAUGA